CUCCCUUCCAUUUCUAACAUUGCUUCAGGAGCUCCAUUGAAAUGGCGCGGUGGGCCACCGUCAUUCAGCUCUUCUCUCUCGCCACCUACGUUGGCCCUGUCGUUGAGAAGAUCACCGAGAAGGCCGUGGAGGGCGGCGUCAACGGCCUGCAGUGGGUCUGGGCCAACCUCGAGGCCCUCUUCGACGUGGAGGCUGAACUCGACAAGCUCCGCCGCACCGCCAAGCGCAUCAGCGCCAUCCUCAAGGACGCCGAAGAGACCCGCUUCAUCGAGGACCAGACCGUCCGCGAAUGGCUCUCCGACCUCAAAGACUUCGCCUUUGACGUCGAGGACCUCGUCGACGAGUUCCCGACCGUCCUCGAUAUCGCCAAGCUCGAGAAGGCUCGUCUCUCCCCUGGCUCCCGGAAAAGGAGGCGGCCGUGGGACAUUCUUCCUCCUUGUCUCACUUGGGUCUACCGUAAAUGGACGAUCUCGGUAAAGAUCAAGGAGAUCAAGGAAAAGUAUGAGGAGAUCAAGCAGCGCAGGAAUGAUUUCCAGUUAAGAGAGGGAGAAUCGAGGAGGAGACGACAAGACAGCACACAACAAACUCCUCAACAUUCUGGCUCGCUUCGUGGCGACUCUCUAGUUUUGGGCUUGGAGGAGAAGAAAAAUGAUAUUUUGAAGCAUUUGAGUCAGGGCGGCGGUGUGAGUGGCGCCCCUAAUUCUUCCCAAAGAGAGGGGAGAAGUGUGCCUGUCGUUGCCAUCAUCGGACCAGGAGGAAUCGGGAAGACAACUCUGGCCAGGCUUGUCUUCAGCGACGAGGAAAUCGAAAGAUCUUCUUUUUUGAAGAUCUGGGUUGGUGUUUCGCGCGAUUUCGACGUGUGUAGGAUCACAAAAGAGAUCAUUAAAUCGAUCACCGAAAAGAGUUGCUGUGGUUUGAGCUUGGAUUUGCUGCAGCGUAAGCUUCGGGAGCUGGUCCUCGGAAAGAAGUUCUUGCUCGUGCUUGAUGGUUUGUGCAACAACGACCUUUCGUUCUGGGACACGUUGCAGGCUCCUCUGAUGGUCGGAGGCGAAGGUAGCAGAGUCCUGGUCACCGCCCGGAGUGAGCAGGUUCUGACAUACAUGCGCCCACGCCCUUCGUCCAUAAUAUGGUUGAAUGAGCUGGGUGAAAACGAUAGCUGGCUCCUGUUCUGCAGCUACGCAUUCCGACAAGCACCUACCGAUCAUGACGUUGGUAGAGAAAUUGUGAGAAGGUGCCAUGGUUUGCCCUUGGCAAUUAUCUCGAUCGGUGGCCUCUUGUACUCCAGAACUGAAGAAGAGUGGAGGAGUAUCCUCAGCGACAUACCAGAUCCAGAAGACGAAGCUCAUGGCAUCUUGUCGACAUUAAAGGUAAGCUAUGACUAUUUGCCCUUGCAUCUGAAGCAGUGCUUUGCAUUCUGUUCCAUAUUUCCUAAUGGUUAUGAGUUCGACAAAGAGGAAUUGGUAGAGUUCUGGGUCGCAGUGGGCUUAGCCAAACCUAGGGACGGCAGAUCAGCAGAAUAUAUUGGGUAUAAGUACUUUGAUUCUCUGCUCCGAUGGUCAUUUUUCCAGGGUUGUAAUGGUCGUCACCACCAGAAACAGAAGUACAAAAUGCCUGGCCUAAUUCAUGAACUAGCACAAUCUGUUUCUGCACAUGAAUGUCUAAGAAUCGAGAAUGAUGCAUCAUUCAGUGAAUCUGAGAAUGCACGCUAUGCAUUGUCAUGUAACUUCCCCAUGGAGCUUCCAAUAUUUCAGAAGUUAUAUCAGAAUAAGAAACUUAGAACAUUUAUAUUGCUCGGUGAAAAUGGCACUCCCACAAAGCAGGUGCCGCGUGAUCUUUACACGAACCUAAGAUGUCUAAGGGUGUUAGAUUUGAGGAGAAAUGAGUUGACAGAAUUGCCAGAUUCGAUUGGAAAUCUUAUUCACCUGAGGUACCUUAACCUUUUAGGUACUCAAAUUGAGAGGUUGCCUGAAUCAUUGAGCAGCCUCUACAAUCUGCAACUGCUAGAACUUGGUGACUGUAAGAAGCUUGUGGAGCUACCCAGAGGCAUGAGCAACUUAAUUAAUCUACGAUAUCUGGGUCUGCAUCUAGAUUGGGAAAACUGUAGACAUAGAUGGAGUGAUAUUGUUAUGCCACCAGGACUUGGCAGAUUGACUUCUCUGCAUACUCUUUCAAGGUUCUCAGUUUCCUCGGAGAGCGGAGGCGGGAUAAGUGAACUGAAGGGCUUGAAACUUCGAGGAGAAAUUUGCAUCUCAAAGCUUGAAAUUGUUGAUGUGAGGGAUGCCAUGGAGGCCAGUUUAGGUACCAAACAACAUCUCGAAACUAUGAUGCUGCAAUGGACUAACUGCAGAAGCCCUGCUUCACAAAGUGGAGGUGGAAGGGAUGUGAUCGAACAGCUCUGCCCAAAUAGCAACCUCAAACACCUAUGGAUAGAAAAUUACAAAGGUGCUGAAUUCCCGAGCUGGCUUGGAGACCAGUCCAUGAAUUUGGAAACAUUAAGACUUUAUGGUUGUGAAAGAUCGGAGAGGCUCCCACCUGUAGGAAGGUUGAGGAAUCUCAAACGUCUGUUCUUGGAAGGACUGCACACAGUCACAGACCUCGGUUCACUUUCUGGUGAUGGUAAUUUUGCAGGAUUUCCAUCAUUGGAGAUGAUCACCAUAUCAAAUUUGAAGAAUCUCGAGAGGGGGUUUGAAUUAGUACAAGAUGAAAUGCCUUGCCUCAGAAAGCUGGUCAUAUCAGACUGCUCCAACUUACUACAACUUCCACAACUUCCAAACUCGCUUGAAGACAUUGAGAUUAGAGAAUGUCCAGCAUUAUCUACUCUACCUAUGCUUUCGUCUCUUCAACAAUUGGUGCUCACAAAAUGUGGACUUGAAAUAAUUGAAUCGAUUCAUCAGUUCACCUCUCUUUCUUCUCUGACCAUUUCCCAAUUUCCACGACUUGGAUCUAUAACAAGAGAGCACCUUCAAGACCUGAGGUCCCUUAGGAAACUGAAGAUUGACCACUGUGACAAUUUUGUUUCACUUUCUUCUCAGCAUCUUGUUUCUCUUGAAACUUUGGAAAUAUCUCAAUGUCAUGCAUUUUCUUCCUUGGCUGGAGAGGGACUGCCAGCCUCGCUCAAAGAUCUUCGACUACAGUCUUGUGGCAACCUCACAUCUUUGCCAGAGGAAGGAAUGUCUGCCUCACUGCAGCACUUGGCCAUUGGCGGAUGCCCAACUCUAGAACAAAGAUGUCAAGUAGGUGGAGGUGAUUGGCACAAGAUACAGCAUAUCCCCCUAAGAGAAAUUGGUGAGAACUCUACAGUCUAAGCUAGGGUUUGCGAAGGCCCCAGCACAAAUUUAGGAAACUGAUACGAAGGUAUGUAUUGU